AUGGAAUCAAGGAAUGAAACACGUUUUCCAGAAUUUCUUCUUCUGGGAUUUUCAGAGGAACUAGAAUUACAGGCCCUCAUAUUUGGGCUUUUUCUCUCCAUGUACCUGAUCACUGUGUGUGGAAACCUGCUCAUUAUCCUGGCUGUGAGCUCAGACUCCCACCUCCACACCCCUAUGUACUUCUUCCUCUCCAACCUGUCCUUCGUAGACAUCUGUUUCUCCUCCACUACCAUCCCAAAGAUGCUGCGGAACAUCCAGACCCAGAGCAAAGUCAUCACCUAUGCAGGCUGCAUCCUCCAGGUGUAUUUUUACAUAUUCUUUGCAGGAUUUGAGGACUUUCUCUUGACUGUGAUGGCCUAUGACCGCUUUGUGGCCAUCUGCCACCCCCUGCACUACACGGUUCUCAUGAACCCCCGGCUCUGUGGACUGCUGGUUCUGGUGUCCUGGUUCAUGAGUGCCCUGUAUUCCUUGUUACAAAGCUUAAUGGUGUUGCAGCUGUCCUUCUGUACAAACUUGGAAAUACCCCAAUUUUUCUGUGAACUCAAGCAGGUGGUCCAACUCGCCUGUUCUGACACCUCUCUUAAUGACACAGUUACAUAUUUUGCAGCAGUGCUGCUGGCUGGUGGUCCCCUGGCUGGCAUCCUUUGCUCAUACUCUAAGAUAUUUUUCUCCAUACGUGGAAUCUCGUCAGCUAAGGGGAAGUACAAAGCAUUUUCCACCUGUGCAUCUCACCUCUCAGUUGUCUCCUUAUUUUAUUGUACAAGCCUGGGAGUGUACCUCAGCUCUGCUACUACCCACAGCUCACACUCAAGUGGAACAGCCUCGGUGAUGUACUCUGUGGUCACACCCAUGCUGAACCCCUUCAUCUACAGUCUGGGGAACAGAGACAUAAAGAGGGCUCUGAAAUCAUUCUUUGAGAUGGUAGCUAUAAAAGGAAUAAUUGUCCCAGGUCUGAAGAGGUGA